AUGUCCAACAGCAGCUCCAUCACCCAGUUUCUCCUCCUGCCGUUCACAGACACAUGGGAGCUGCAGCUCUUGAACUUCUGGCUCUUCCUGGGCAUCGACCUGGCUUCCCUCCUGGGCAACGGCCUCAUCAUCACCACCAUAGCCUGGGACCAGCACCUCCACACCCCCAUGUACUUCUUCCUCCUUAACCUCUCCCUCCUUGACCUGGGCUUCAUUUCCACCACUCUCCCCAAGUCCAUGGCCAAUUCCCUCUGGAACACCAGGGCCAUCUCCUACACAGGAUGUGCUGCCCAAGUGUUUCUGGUUGUCUUUUUAGCUUCAGCAGAGUAUUGGCUCCUCACCAUCAUGGCCUAUGACUGCUACGUUGCCAUCUGCAAACCCCUGCACUACAGGACCCUCCUGGGCAGCAGAAUCUUCAGGGCUGUGCUGAGGAUCCCCUCUGAGCAGGGUCGGCACAAAGCCUUUUCUACGUGCCUUCCUCACCUGGCCGUGGUAUCUCUAUUCGUCAGCACUGUCAUAUUAUCUCACUUGAAGCCCCCUACCAUCUCCUCCCCAUCCCUGGAUCUGGUGGUGUCUGUUCUGUACUCAGUGGUGCCUCCAGCAGUGAACCCCCUCAUCUACAGUAUGAGGAACAAGGAGAUCAAGGAUUCAGUGUGGCAACUGAUGACUGGCUGCUUUCCAAAGCAAUAA